AUGUUGAAAUCGAAGAGAGAUCCGACCGUUAAAGCAAAGCCAUUAACAGACUACACGCUACAAGCGGAGGAACGUUUGUUAAAAGAUGUUCAAUUUCAACUGAUGUCGAAGGCGAAGACAAAAAAAUGGGAGCGAGAAUUCGGACUGUACCGUGAUGAAAGAGGUAUUUUUAGAUGUGAAGGCAGACUCAAGAAUGCAGAAUUAACUACGACGCAGAAACACCCAGCAAUCUUGGAUGCGGAACAUUAUGUAACGUCACUACUAGUGAGAGAUAGUCAUGAAAGAGUAAAACACAAUGGUGUAAUUCGUAUAAUAAAUAUGAGAGCCCAACAUAUAACUUUUAACAAAGCCAUUAAAACAGUUUUAAAAGAUUGUAAAGAAUUUUAAUUGUAACGUUUCGUCUUUAACUUAAGACAUCUUCAGACUAGAUAAAAUUACACGAGAUGUGAAUAUAUAUAUAAGCUAAUUAUAAUCUAUUUACAAGGUGUUAUGUUACUAAGGAUAAUAAAGGAUAAGAGGGUGUAUGUAAGACAGGACGAUACAAAUGAGGAAACAAAACAGACACAAGAAAACGGCAAAUUACAGAAGGUUAAGCGGAAUAGAGCUACCCUGAACGUUAAGAGUAGGUUUGAGUUUAGAUAUAAAAAGGCUUUCGUGAAUCAAUAAUUCACAAGUGUCUGAGGAAGAGGAAAGAAUUUUGAAGUCGUCAAAGUUGGCAGAAAGAAUUUUGAAGUCGUCAAAGAGUGCCCUGUAGUAUUUAAGUGAGAGAAAACACUAGACAUGACUGGACUGGAUGACGGCUGGCCUGUUAUAGGAGUGAGUCCCAGGUGUUCCGAUACUCUUUUAAAACUGUUUUAAUGGCUUUGUUAAAAGUUAUAUGUUAGGCUCUCAUAUUUAUUAUACGAAUUCGUUUUCCGCCUGGCAAAUCUCUCGCAACGACAAUGGUGUAAAAGAAACCUUAACAGAGGUUAGAUCGAAAUUUUGGAUUGUUAGAGGUCGUCAAUAGGUGCGAAAACUGAUACAUGAAUGUGCAGUAUGUCGACGACAGGAAGGAAUUGCAUACAAACCACCAGAUCCACUAGCAUUACCAGUAUUUAGAAUCACGAAAGAUCACCCUUUCACGUACACAGGGGUGGACUUCGCUGGACCACUUUAUGUGAAACAAGUGAAGGCAGUGGCUAUGGAGAAGGUUUACAUGGUUAUAUACACUUGUGCUGUGUCGCGAGCAGUACAUUUGGAUGUUGUGAGUGAUAUGACGGCAGAAGCCUUUAUAAGAAGUUUUAGGAGAUUCACAGCCCGCCGAGGAAUACCACGAGAGGUGAAAUCAAACAAUGGAAAAACAUUUAAAGCGGCUUCAAAACAAUUACCAGCCCUAUUCGAGAUUCCAGAAGUGAAGAAAUACCUUUCAGAUCAAAGAAUUCGAUGGACAUUCAACCUUGAGAAGGCAGCAUGGUGGGGAGGGUUCUUCGAGAGACUAAUUAAGAGUGUGAAGAGAUGUUUAUACAAGAUUCUUAAAAAUGCCAGCGUCACCAACGAAGAACUUUAUACCGUGCUUACGGAGAUAGAAGCAACACUAAACUCGAGACCGCUAACGUAUGUGUCUACGGAAGACCUAGACGAACCAAUUACACCUUCACAUUUGAUAAAUGGAACAAGAAUAAACUCGUUGCCGGACGCAGUUAAGCCAGGAGAGGAAUCGAGAAUUGAAGAGAUAACCAACAACAAAGUUGCAAGACGAGUAUCGUAUCUUAAAACCUUAAAGGAACAUUUUUGGCUGAGAUGGAAGAACGAGUAUCUGCUUGAGUUACGCAAUGCUCAUCGACAGAAGACUACACGACACAAAGGAAAUUGUAUUAAAGUUGGAGAUGUUGUAGUUAUUCACGAAGAGAACGUACGUAGAGUAAAGUGGAAACUCGGUAGAAUCGAGAAACUGAUAGAAGGAAAGGACGGGGCUAUUCGCGGAGCGGUAGUUAGGAAAUUAACAGACAAAGGAGGAAAAUGUACGGAAAUUAUACCCGGUUGA